AUGAAAACGGCGGCCCAUUUGAUAUGUGUACGGACGGUCUCGGUUCUGGUGGCUCGAACGAACGGACUCUACGCAUUGCUCAUUGCGUUUUCAUGGACACGCGAACGCGUCCGCAACCUCGGCAACCUCGGCAAAGCGCCCCUUCUCCUCUGCGGUGACAUCGUCUGGAACAUCGCCGGGAAGGAACUCGUGCAAGCCCUCAAAGGCGCGAGCUUCAAGGUAAACCGCGCCAUCUUCGGCGGCAAAGCCUCGCGCGAAGAGAUCGACCGCCUGAGCGCGCUAGGCCGCUCGCGCUCCUCCGACUUCGUGAUCGCGCUCGGCGGCGGGAAGACGAUCGACACUGCGAAGACGGUCGCGGACGGGCUCGUGCUGCAAGUCGCGAUCCUGCCCACGACCGCGUCGACGGACGCGCCGUGCUCCGCGCUCUCCGUGCUCUACCGGCCGAGCGGCGAGUUCCACUGCUGCACCUUCUUCGACAAGAACCCGAACAUCGUGCUCGUUGACACGAACGUCAUCUCGAAGGCGCCCGCGCGCUUCCUCGCCGCGGGCAUGGGCGACGCGAUCGCGACGAACGUCGAGGCGUGCAGCGUGCACUUCAGCACGAGUCCCGCAAGGCUUCAGUUGUCCGGGCCGGCCUUGCGUUACACUCGCGGGAUAGAGACUCACGUUCACGCAGACGUGAGCAUACCAGUGAUGCGGGGAUGUAUCAGGCAGAGGCUAGGGUGA